GGCUGUCAGCACAGGAGUGAUUUCCUGAAGCUCCUCUGCGGUUGUGAUUUCUUCCUGCUUUGAGUCGAGUUUGUUUUAAUUCGGUUUAAAUCGGGCCAACAUGACGGAAAGUGUUUGGCUGUGACCGCGUUUUUUUUUCUUUUUCUCCCACGGGCAGCUGCGGGUUGUCAAGACGAUGUUGUCACACCUGUGUGAGUGUGCCUCGGUAGAAGCAAGUCUGGAGACUCGAAGGUGAUCUCAUCCGGACUUAAAUUGGGACACCUGUUGCUUCACUUUGGACGCGCAACGAAGAGGAGGAGCGACCGUGGACUUAUCUUGGAUACAUCAAUUAAAAUAUUCAUUUUAAUUCAACGUUUAUUGAGCUAUUAUGAAAGUCACCGUGACUUUUGGCGACACGGCAGUGGUUGUUCCGUGUAAACCUGGAUGGACCGUCCGGGAUUUAAUCGACCAAGCCACGCGGAGAUACCGUAGGAUUUUGGAUCAGCAUGGAAAGAGUGCCGUGAAUACGCACCACCUGGAGUACACUGAUGGAGGCAUCCUCGACAUGGACGACCCGCUGACGGACCUCGUGGAAGACCGGGAUAAGUUGGUGGCGCUUUUCGACGUGCAGCGUGGGAUGACGGACAGCCCCAGAGAGAGCAUCUCUAAUGGCGAGUCCAGUGCUGCCCCCAGCCCGGAGCCCCUCAACUACUACUCGCACUUGCAGCUGCAGGAGCCAAUCAAGGGGGAGAUAGAAGUCAAUGAGGCUGUCCUCAAAUCUAACACACCCCUGUUAGUGAGGAGCAGCAGUGAGUCAGCAUUGGCUCCGCCCAUUGAGACAACCACGCCAUACGAAGACCGAAGCACGGAGACCUUCAAAACGGGAAUCAACCAUGUGCUGAGGGGAGGUGCAGAGCAACCCACCAAGAUGAGCUUUGUCACAUUUAGUGCCCUCACAAGGACGGUCAACUUGCUGGGGGACCGUGGGCCUCUGGGUAUCCAAGUUGUUCCCUACUGCUCAUCUCUUAGUGGACGGAUGCUGGGCCUCCUCAUUAAAAACAUCGAGGAUAACAGUCGCACCAAGAGGGAGAAUAUCUUUCAAGAGGACGAGUCUAUCGUCCAGAUUGACGGCAUACCGCUGCAAGAUAAGACCUUUGCGGAUUCACAGGAAUUGUUCCGUCAGGCCCUGUCCUCCCCAUCUAUGCACCUGGAGGUCCUUCCUGUUGCAAACAAGCCUCGCUACGAGAAGGGCCUAAUCGGCCAACUGUUCAACGGCGAAGGCAAAGAAAUAAAAGCAAAAAGUCCAGUGGAAACCCGUGCAAACAUUGACCUCCAGCCCGUAGCCAAGCAAGAUUCCAAAGCCAAUCCAGCGUCUCGAUGGCAAAACACAGCAGCCAAGACGCGAGAACUGCCUGUGAUGAACCCAGUUGCCACCAACCCACAGUCGGCAGCUGCCCAGUCUAGAAAUGCUCCGUUGGAAAGGGUCUCUCCCACACCCCCAGUGAGGAUGGCAAGCGCUUCCUCGCCGACCAGAACCCGCAGGCAGAGCCCUCCCACCAGUAAGAGCAGCAACGUGCCUGACCCGGCUGACCCUACAAACAAGAAAGGCAGCAAGAGGAUCAAAGUUGACUUAAAGAAAGGUGCGGAGGGUCUAGGCUUCACCGUGGUGACCCGGGACUCCCCUAACGGGCCUGGGCCAAUCCUGGUGAAGAGCAUACUGCCACGCGGCGCUGCAAUCAAAGACGGUCGCCUGCAGACUGGUGACCGCAUCCUCGAGGUGAACGACAUGGACAUGACAGGCCGCAGCCAGGAGGAACUGGUGGCCAUGCUGCGCGGCACAAGACAGGGAGAAAGCGUGGGUUUGGUGGUGGCGCGACAGGAGGACAUCUUCCUGCCACGGGAACUGAAAGGUGAAGACGACAGCAGCCGGGUACUGGAGGACGGCAGGGAGCAGCUCGUGUACGAGAUUCCAUUGAACGAGACGGGUUCCGCCGGCCUGGGGGUCAGCUUGAAGGGCAACAAGUCGAGAGAGACCGGCGAGGACCUGGGGAUUUUCAUCAAGUCCAUUAUCCACGGAGGUGCAGCCUACAAGGACGGCCGGUUGAGAGUAAACGACCAGCUAAUUGCGGUAAAUGGCGAAGCACUGCUUGGACGAUCCAACCACACCGCCAUGGAGACGCUGAGACGAUCCAUGUCGUCGGAGGGUAACGCCCGGGGUACCAUCCAGCUUGUGGUGCUGCGAGCAUCCAGAGUGGAGGAGCCUCAGGGCCACCGUGCCUACGAGGGGGCUUCGAGACCCUCAGCGCUCAGUGGCAACAGUCUCAUUGACAAAUACGCGUCUGGCGGCUCCGGGGGUGCUCUGCAUCCUUAUGCGACCACCAAUGGCAACCACGGUCACUAUGGCAAUAAGGAAGGCUUCCCCCCGGGCACAGCGGAGGAAAUGACUCGAGACCCACCGUUCAAAUCCUUGCAAUACAGGAAGGGUCCGACGGACAGCCAGGUGUACAACCACGACGACGACGUGCCCCGCAGCAGGGCGUCCAAAAGCAUGGAUCUGGUGGCGGAUGAGAGCAACGUGAGAUCGCUGGUCGGACAUACAAAUGAGCACACCACUGGAGGAACGCUGGGCCCAACCCUGGGACUCUGGAAGUCCAGCUCCCUCGAAAGUCUCCAGUCGGCCAUGUCGGAGGCCCAGCAGGAUCACAUCAAGGCCCGUGUGCCAUUUUAUCGGCCACCGCCACAAAUGGUCCGGGGGCGCGGGUGCAACCAGAGUUUCCGCAUUGCCAUCGACAAGUCGUAUGAAGGCCCGUCGGAAGAUGACGACGACCUGUCUGAGCAGAGCUCCGGCCACGAAACGCCGGCCGGCAGCUCCUCCCGUCAGGGCCUGGAUGUAGAAGAUGGGAGGAGUCUGAAGAAAGUCAGCGGGAAGAAGCAGGAGAAAAAGAGUAAAGGAAAGAAGAAACGUGAGGAGGCUGCAGACGAUGUGGACAAGAAGACCAAAAAGAAAGGUUUCGGUCUGUUGAGGUUUGGCAAGAAGAAGGAAGACAAGAGCAAAGAUGCGCUGAGAGUGGUGAAGAACAAACUGGAAGCCCUGAGCGAGGAGGAGAGCGGCGGCAGAGAAAGCUUUGAUCCGCGAUACGCCGAAAUCGACUUUGACUCGGGCACGCUCCCGGAUGUGGAAGACGACGACACUGACCCCAACUACGCCCGGAUCAACAAAUUCCUUCAGCCGGACUCGCCACAGUUGCCUGGCCGCACCCAUUCCCUGGCGGCUCCCGUGACCGCGGCGGGCAAACAGCCUCAGGCCUCCGCCAAUCUGGAUAACCUCUACGCCCAGGUGGUCAAGCCUCGGCAACAAGCUGCAGAAAGUGAUCAGAGGUACCAGGGGGUGCGGCGGGAAUACCAGCCGGCCCGAGCUGCUCCGGCCUACGAUGAACUGGACACGGCACGGCGUGGAGCCUUGGAGCACGACCCACACAGGGUUGCACCCAGACACGUUCACCUAUAUGAAGAAUUGGACCGGCCACACCACACACACAACAGGAGGGAUCCGUACGAUUACCCGAGCCCCUCCAGAUCCGCCCACAGAGAGCCCGUCCACUACCAAGACAUCGGCCUGCCUCAGGCGGCGUCUUCCAACCAACGCCACUACCCCGCGGCCACGAGGCAGGACGUCCCCGCCUCUCCCGCCGCGGGCCGCCGAGGGCGCCAUUAUUACGAGGCCGUAGGAGGGAGGGGCGACGACUACCGACAGGACAGCCCCGGUCGCUACGGCUACGAAGACGAAAGACAGCGGGACCCGCGACGAAAGAACCCGAUGAUCGGAGCGGUUUGAAGUCUUUAUCCACUUGACAUGUGGAAGAAUGUGUGUGUGAAAUGUGCUGAGUAUUUACUAGCAUGUUCAUGUAUUUAUAUCAUUUUAGCCAAGACAAUUACAAAAACGGGGGUUUUUAUUGCCACUACACAUAAAACAAACGUAGAUUUCACAUUUAUUGUCACUUUUGAGGACGCCUCUAGCCACAAAAGAUGUCAAAAUCGGAAAUAAUGUCCUCUCCGAGUUUGUUAUUGUCCACCCAUUUUUUUGUUUGUGUAACAUUUUAUGGUGUUUUUAGUAGCACAUAAAAAGUUUGAUCAACUGCUGGUGAACUUUUUCUACAACGAUUUUGCAUGAAAUAAAUGCCAUUUCUUGAACGGUUUCUUUUUUAUUCCCAUGCAUAUUUAACGCCCCACUGACACAACAGCAUUAGUCAUCACUUCAUCACAUUCAGCCUGGUUUCCCCCCCGCACAUCAUCUGGCACAAAUGAGCCCCACAUGCAGGAGAUGACUGAUAGAAGUAGCCGUGGCGUUCUGAUAAGGACCAAAUCAUCGUCAGCAAUUACAUCUCCUCCAGGACGAUGAUUAUGGCCCAAUUUGCUCUCCCAAAUAAAGAUGGCACUGAUUGGGCAAAAUUAGUCCUGAAAGGGGGAAUAAUUACUGUGGAGAAAGGCUCUUUUUUUUUUUAAUCAGCGGUUAAUUAGCGUCAAAGCCAACAGGGGGCGGGCCUCUGCUGAUCAGUGUCGCUCCUGUCUGCGUCUACAACUCUUUGACCCCUACUAUUUUUAUCACUGCGACUAAAUUUCCCUCAUUGAUGUUCGUCAAAAUAACUUUUACAUCACUUGUGUGUGCAUUUUACAUAUUUGCAAGAUUGUUGCUACUUUCUGUGUUCACAAUACUGAAAUAAACUGCAACAAAAAAACAGUGCAAUACAUUUUCAUAACAUGGUCACUACUGCCUAGUUUCUCUUGUUAUAUUCUUAUUGUUACUGUUAUAUUUUUAUUCUUAUUGUUAUAUUUUCUAUUUUAUUUCCAUUUAUACCCCCAUUAUUUACUUUUUCCUUGUCAAAUUCGAUCUCAAUUAUGUACACUGCUGAUCAGUGUCGCUCCUGUCUGCGUCUACAACUCUUUGACCCCUACUAUUUUGUAUCACUGCAACUACAUUUCCCUCAUUGAUGUUCGUCAAAAUAACUUUUACAUCACUUUUGUGUGCCUUUUACAUAUUUGCAAGAUUGUUGCUACUUUCUGUUUUCACAAUACUGAAAUAAACUGCAAGAAAAAAACAGUGCAAUUCAUUUUCAUAACAUUGUCACUACUGCCUAGUUUCUCUUGUUAUAUUCUUAUUGUUACUGUUAUAUUUUUAUUCUUAUUGUUGCUUUUUAUUGUUAUUCUUAUUGUUAUAUUUACUAUUUUAUUUUCAUUUAUACCCCCAUUAUUUACUUUUUCCUUGUCAAAUUCGAUCUCAAUUAUGUACACUGCUGAUCAGUGUCGCUCCUGUCUGCGUCUACAACUCUUUGACCCCUACUAUUUUUAUCACUGCACCUAAAUUUCCCUCAUUGAUGUUCGUCAAAAUAACUUUUACAACACUUUUG